GUAGAAUCCAAUCGCUGGACCCUUUAUUGAUGUCACAUCCACUUUCACAUGCCAAUUGCACGCCCUUCACUUCAUUUGCGCCUCAAUUUGAAAUAGUUGGCUCAAAAUGCUUCUCUGAAUUGAUCAAAGGAGAAGUUUAAGCUGGCCAAUACAAUACCUAGGUAGCAAAAUAUCUCGAAUACAUGUAUGUACCUUGACUCUAAACAUUAGACGAUAAAUCAAAUCAAGAAUUGUCGUCCCUGGAUGAAUCUAGUGGCGCAGUGGACGAUCUGGGGCACCGGGGAGCUUGUAAGGUUAUCUAAUCUACUCCGUAUGCCGGGUAAUAUACGGGCCUCACAAGCUUCUCGCGAGACUUUUGAAAGUUGCUGCCGUCGCCUAUACCUUAUGAACUUUUGUCUGUACCGGUUGGAUGUAUUCAUGACACUACCUACAAGCCUGCGGUUUAUGUUAUACUUUUCACAAGGUCUUCAUCCAUCUUUACUCCUUUUUGGCCUAGAGGCAGUUUCAUUCAAACACCAAAGGAAAAAUCCUUCAACAUGCCUAGUUCCUGCCAAGAUAUUCGUUCGCAUCUUCUCCUCCCUUCCCGCGUUUCCCCGCUAACGUUUUUUUUCCCGCAGGAGCUGCGCUGGCACAAUGUCUUCAAGAGUCGGACUGCGUCAUGGUGUAUCGCAACAAACCAUCCGAUUGUCUGCGAGCUCCUCUCCUCGAAACGAUGCCCACCAAGUGUCAACAGUUAAAGAAAGGCUAUGGUGAAUGCAAAAGGGGAUUGGUCGAUAUGCGCAAGCGAUUUAGAGGCAACCAGCCGAUUUCUGUAAGCAAAGAGAUUGAGGGAGGAGGGAAAAGAAAUACUGGUGGUCAUAUGCUCUACGCUGGAAAGCCAGCUUUUGAUAGCGGGGUCAAAGAGACAAGUGGAAAUGAGCCCGAGGAGAAAGACUGGAGACAGCUGGAGAACGAAAAGUACAGAAAGGAAUAGAAAACACAGAUACGAUAAUGUCAGGGAGGAUUCCGGGUGUUCUGCUUAUGUCCGCUGGAUUUGGGACUGUCCAUUGCAUUCGAAGGCGUUCGGGUAGUGUAUAACAAACGCAUCAGACGGCCAAGAUUGAUCAUCGCAACAGGAAUUGUAAGGGAAUCUGCUCAAACACAAUGUCCUUCAUGAUAAAUACGUCUGUCU